UUAAGCGUCAACGUUUUAUGCAGAGCCUUGGCUGCAAAGCAACCUAAGCUGACCUAACACACAGUGAUUCCAGACGGUCCACCGUUAGUAUUUUCGGUGGUCCUUUGGCACGGGGGGUACAGCGACUAUGACGAAUGGAGGCUACCGUGGAUUUGGUCGCGAUCAUGAUCGUGAUCGGUACCCGGAUAAUUGUCGUGACUUUGGGCGUGAUGACCACCGUGAGCAUAGCCGUUAUGUGCGAGGCGACCGUGCGAGGGAGUACGAACGGGGUCCGACAUACGAGAGAAGCCAAGACUAUCGGGAGCAACCUAGGAGGGCAGCUCCUGUUUGCUUUGGGUGCGAAAAACCUGAACAUUAUCGUAAUCAAUGUCCCAGGUUGACGGGGGAAGGUAGCUCGAGGGCAUGCAUGACACGCGGCCGCUCGCUGUCUCCAAAUAGACAACGUUCGGCGCAUGGGAGACGCUCUACGUCGGAGGAUACAUCCGUUAAACAACAGUUGGAAGAGCUCGCUGAUUCACUGGCGAGUAUGAAAAAGCACUUCGAUCGAGAACAAGCGAAGAAUGACAAAAAGGCGAAGCGGAAGCAGGAGAAGGAGGAACGUGAGAAGGAGGAGCGCUUUGCUGCGAAGCGCCGUGAAGACCGAAAGGAGGAAAAGCUACGUCGAGAUGAGAUGGAACGGGAGAGGUUCCGUAAGGAGUUGCGAAUGCAGAUCUCCAAGGAUGUUGGAGGUCUCGGUGAGCACCUCGAGCGCAGGAUUAAUCGUGUUAUCGCUCUCGCUAAAGGGAAAGGCAAGGCUGAGGAGGUACCCUCCGAGGCGGAAUCUUACGAGUCUGAGAGCAGUGACGUCGAAACUUUGAGCGACUUGGCGGAAAAACUGACGAUCAAUAAGAAGCGCAAACGCGCCCCCGAAGAAGUGGAGGGCGAUAGCCCUCCCAUGGAGACACCGGUGAAGCGCUCCGCCAAACGUGGGGAACUGGAUCCCCUACGGCUUACCAAGCGGCUACAGCUGAGCUGCCGCCGACCACCUCUCAAGAAGACGCCUACGUGGAAGACUCCGAGGAAGACGCCGCGACGUAUCGUGUGGAAGAACAAGAUCCCAGCAGCAGGUGGACCGAUGGGGAAGCUGAGGUUCGUUACGGAGAACCUGAAGACACUCGACAAUAUGACAAUGGACCAACUAAAGGAGAUUUGCCGUUUGCAAGACGUUCAGUAUGAGUCUAAGAAGAUGGAAACAAUUCUUGCUAUUGCCGAUAAGCGGACACACAUCGCUUCUGGAUCUGAUCAUGAUGCUGUCGAGGAAGAGGCCGCGGAGCAUGAGGAUCCGGCGGGUGUCGCCGCUGAUGAUACCAAGUCAGGCACAGAGGAGGACACAGAGUGGAGCCCGGUGUUGAAUACAACCGGAAAGGCUAAGAAACGUCAGCAUCGGAGUUGCCGUGUCCGGAAGGGUUUCCCCUACCCCAGGGUAGGUGCCCACGUGCAGGCUCGUUUGCAGGAUAUCGAGGGCGUCCAUGCGCUCAUUCUAAACGCGAAUAACAUCCCUAAGCAGUCGCACCCCAACCAUUGCGUGCUGUUGAUUCAGGAGAUUGAAUUGGGCUUACAAUCCUGGGCUAAUCGCAGAGGGGAGACGCCAUUUGUCCUACCGUCCGAAGUUCAGAGAUGUAUGGUCGCGCCAUCGGGGGAAGUAGCUGAAUACCUUGAUCUGCGCCGCGUUAGGAAUCUUGGUAGGGAUCUUUCGGGUCGGGUACUGACGCCAUUGGAUCGGAAUCUUGGCGAGACUUUGGUACUAUGCCCGAAGCUGUACGAUGAAGCCUUGAUGGAUUUGUUCGUAUGCUCUUCGGGGUACGUUGUUGUGGAGCAGGAUGAGGCUGAUUUACAUACCAGGAUGGUGGAGGACUUGCGGAAGCAUGAUCUGCUACGGUUUGCGAUGUGGGAUAAGAAGGUUUUGGAACAUGUCAACCGUACUGUCGGUCGGCAGUCCUCUGGCGACCCGGAACUUGCUGGCAUGUCUUAUGAUAUUAAAGACAUGUUCAGCAAGCUCCCCCAUGAUGAGAUCAUGACAGCAGUCGACUGGAUUAUCGAUUACCAUCAGGGUAAGGGUCGUACCUCGGUUCACAUUAACACUCGAGGAAAGGGUAGCACCUUUGGUAGAACUACGGGCGAUGACCAUUGGAGGGAAGUUGAUUGGAUGUUCUCCGCGGCUUCCGCGCAGUCGCCGGAGUUCGGUGGUGCCAUUGGCGAACUCGACGAGCAAUGGGGAGGAGGAGGCCGUUGCGAUGGAGAAGGACGAGGAGGAAGACAGAGGAGGAGGACGGUGAAGGAGGAGGAGGAGGAGGAGGAGAAGGAGGCGCCGACGAUGGAGGACGAGGGGGGAGAGGAGGAGGAGGAGGCGGAGGAGGAGGCGGAGGAGGAGGAAGAAGAGGUGGAGAAGGAGGAGGUCAUGACAAUGGAGGAGGGAGAGAACUUAGAGGAGGAAGAAGAAGAGGAGAAGGAGUGGGAAGAGGAUGAGGAAGAAGAGGAGGAGGAAAAAGAGGAGAAGGAAGAAGAGGAGGGCCCGACGAUGGGGGAGGAGGAGGAGGUGGAGGAGGAGGAGGCCAAGACGAAGGAGGAGGAGGAAGAAGAAGAAGAGGCAGAGGAGGAGGAGGAGGAGAAAGAAGGAGAAGAAGAAGAGGAGGACGAGGAGUAGGAAGUGCAGGGCAAAGAGGCAACGGCGGCGGCGGUGGCAACGGGGGAGGAGGUGGAGGAGAGAUGACGAGGAUGGGGAGGAGAAUGAGGAGUAGGAGGAGACCCCGAUGAUGGUGGAGGAGGAGGAGGAGAAGGAGGAGUGGGAGGGGGCUGAAAUGAUUGGCCACCCGAUCACUCCGCUGGCCCUCCCCGCUUUUUUUCCAAUCAAUCAAUCAAGCAAUC